AUGAAUGUACUAGUCUAUUCAGGUCCUGGUACAACGACUGAAAGUGUCAGGCAUUGCAUCGACUCAUUACGAUUUCAUUUAUCCAAAUACUAUGCCGUGCUAGCUGUCAAUGAAACAGUCUUGUUAAAUGAACCUUGGAUGAGAAAAACUUCAUUGUUGGUGGUCCCCGGAGGUGCUGAUUUACCUUAUUGUCAAGUAUUAAAUGGGGUUGGGAAUCGCAAGAUUCGAAAAUUUGUCAAGAAUGGAGGCAAGUUUAUGGGGUUUUGUGCUGGUGGGUAUUAUGCUUCAACUAGAUGUGAGUUUGAUGUUGGCGGUCCUUUGGAAGUAUCUGGAAGAAGAGAGUUGGGGUUUUAUCCUGGAGUGUGUAAAGGUGGUGCUUUUAAAGGGUUCAAGUAUCAUCUGCAUCUAGGUGCAAAAGCAGUCAAGUUGCAGGUUGAUGUGAAUGAAUUGUCCAAUGUCCCUGAGACUUGUCUUAGUUAUUACAAUGGUGGCGGUGUUUUCAUUGACUCAACAAAGUUUGGCGAUGUCAAAGUAUUGGCAAGAUAUGCAGAUCAGACUGAUAUUGAUGAUGAAGUUAGAGCAGCUAUCGUGUACCGGAAAAUAGGCAAAGGCGAUAUAAUUUUGAGUGGACCACAUCCUGAAUUCUCACCAGAUCGGUUGAGAGAUAUUGAAGAAGAGGCGAAAGAUGUUGUAUUUACCUUGAAACCGCACGAUAAAGGAAGAAAGUUACUUUUACGAGAGAUGUUGAGAAAGCUUGGGCUUCAUGUUAGUGAAGAUAUUGAGGACACUACUCCAAAAAUCACCCCUAUGUAUAUUACAUCGCCAUUUCCUGAGCAAGUAAAUAUUUUGUGGACAAAUCUUCACAACAACUUGGAGAUCAGAAAAGGACUUUUUAAAGACAAUAAUGAUACAUUCAGUUUUGAGAAUGACUUGCAGCCUAAUUGCCAUAAGGAAGUGCAAGGGGAAGAUCCAGUACAGUUUAUCAAAUUCGUCACUUCCGGUCUGUUACCUUCACCAAAGUUGAUACCCCACUUCGAUAUACAAAAGUAUUUUAAAAGACUUUUCCAAUUAUCAAGUAAAACAGCUCCAGAAUUCGGUUCUGUGUUGGGUUAUUCAAAUGUCAUUUCAUCCACCCAUACAAUUCUCGAGCAAAAUCCACACUGGUUGAAAAAUCUCCCACAUGGUAUGACAUUAACAGCAACUACCCAAACUGCAGGUCGUGGUAGAGGCAAUAACGUUUGGCUCAAUCCACAAGGGGUUCUUCCUGCUACCAUUUUGUUCAAAAUCCCACAAGUGGAAGUUUCACCAUCAUUUAUCGUAUCUUUGCAAUAUGUUUGCGGAUUGGCUUUAAUUGAGGCUAUUUUAGGAUACGGUAGUCAAGUUGUGGGUGAACGAGGUGUUGGGUAUGAGGAUAUGCCAGUACGUAUCAAAUGGCCCAAUGACAUUUACAUGUUGAAGCCAGAGUACUUCAAUAGUCCCAACCUUGAUACGAAUACAACAAUUGAUGGUGAUGAAGAGAAAUAUGUCAAGGUUGCAGGAUCAUUACUUAGUUCUCAAUGUAUUGAUGGUCAGUUUUAUUUGAUAUGGGGUGGUGGGAUAAACGUGUCAAACGAAGCUCCAACUACGUCCUUGAAUGUAGUAUUGACCAAGCUUAAUGAGCUAAGAAAAGAUAUGAGGAUGUCAGCAUUACCUGUCUAUGAACUAGAGACUUUAUUAGCGCAGAUUGUAUCCACCAUCAAUUACUUUUAUUCCCACUUUAAAAUAUCAGGAUUAUCUCCAUUCUUGCUUUUGUAUUAUAAAAGAUGGUUACAUUCAGACCAGAAAGUUAUUGUGUCUGGACAUCACCAGGGUGAGUCAAGAACUUGUAUAAUCAAGGGAAUUACUCCCGAGUAUGGUUUGUUGAUUGCGCAAGAUGUGAAUAACCAAGAAGUUUUACACUUGCAACCAGAUGGUAACUCAUUUGAUUUGUUUAAAGGGCUCGUUUAUAAAAAGAAUACAUAG